GCGGCGGGCAAGGCAGGCCAGUGGAGCGCCUCGAGGGGCCGCCUGCUGGCCCACGGCCUAGCCAAGCGCACUGGGACUGCCCUCUUGGAGGUGCCCCCAGGCGUCGGCCUCCUGAUCGCCAACCACAUCGGCAUCAGCCAGGCCUCAGACAUGAUGGAGUACGUAUGCCCGACCAUCGGUCAGUUCGGCGAGCCGCACCCUAUUGAGGGGGACUGGAACGCUUGUCCCGAGGCCCUGUUGGAGUCGAGAUGGGUCGACCAGAUCGGCGGGGUCGUGCUGGCAGCCGACGACCCCACCUGCGGCGAGUCGGAGUAUGACUACGUCGUG